GGGUUGGGGUGGGGGGUUUAGUCUGGUAGUGCAGGCUAGCGUAAAUAAAUUAGAGAAACUCAAAUCGAGCACUAGAGAGGAACCGAUUCACACUCACGCACACCUGGAGCAAGAAAAUGUGAAACACUCAAGGGAACGACAGCGUCACAUUCAUCAGCGCAGCUUGUCAUUUGUGGAGGAAUGCUUGCUUUUCGUACGCUCUGCAAACCGACAUGACCAGAGGCUUUGUGGAGGAGAGAAAGUUACCUGCUGUUUCUCACACGAGACUGGUGUGAUGGCUGCUUCCUUACAGAAAGGGAUCCACAGGCUGUGUGUCACAGGAAGAGUGAUUUAGGCUCUCUUCUUGGCUGCACCCUCAUCACGACCCCACUGGAUGUUCUCUUGAUGUAUUGCUGUGGUCUGGGACACUGGCGGAGAGAACAGUCCACCUAUGGUUCGGCGGACCGUCACGACUCAGGUUCCACUGAGGAAAAGGAGAAGAAUGCUCAAGUUCAGUUGGAUAAGGCCAAGUUUAAGCCUGUUGCCUUUGCCGUUCGAACAAAUUUCACUUACGCUCCAGCGGAUGACGACAACGUCCCCAUACCAGGUCACGGGGUUUCCUUUGAAGCCAAAGACUUCCUACAUAUCAAAGAGAAGUUUAACAAUGACUGGUGGAUUGGGCGACCUGUAAAAGAAGGCGGAGAGGUCGGUUUUAUCCCCAGCCCAGUGAACCUUGAGACCAUUCUGAUCAGAAGAGAGGUGCAUGCCAGGAAAGCUGCCAAAGCAUUGGCCAAUAAAGCAGCUAGUGCUGCCAAAGAUGAUUUGAAUGCAAAGAAAGCGGCUCCACCACCAACAGUUCAGCAAGUUAAAAAGAAAUCGGGAGAGCAGCUGGCUGCAUAUGAUGUUGUGCCUUCCAUGCGUCCUGUGGUGCUCAUGGGGCCUUCACUUAAGGGCUAUGAGGUUACAGACAUGAUGCAAAAAGCUCUCUUUGAUUUUUUAAAACACAGAUUCGAGGGAAGAAUAACUAUCACUCGGGUGACAGCAGACAUUGCACUUGCCAAGCGGUCGAUCCUAAACAACCCCAGCAAACACGCCAUAAUGGAUCGAUCCCACACGCGCUCUAAUUUAGCCCAAAUCCAAGGGGAGGUUGAGAGGAUUUUUGAGUUGGCUCGCAGUCUACAGCUUGUGGUUCUGGAUGCAGACACCAUUAACCAUCCUUUGCAACUUAGCAAGACCUCUUUGGCACCCAUUCUGGUCUAUGUCAAGAUUUCAUCACCAAAGGUUCUCACAAGAUUGAUAAAGACCAGGGGCAAAUCUCAAACGAAACAUCUGAAUGUUCAGAUGGUGGCUGCCGAUAAACUGGCCCAGUGUCCUAAUGAACUAUUUGAUGUCAUCUUGGAUGAAAAUCAGCUCUCAGAUGCCUGUGAGCACAUUGCUGACUACCUGGAGGCCUACUGGAGAGCCACCCACCCUCCUGAAAUGGAGCCAGCCAACCCCAUGCUGGAGAAACUGGCAGAAAACACACUCCCUGCCAGCCCUACACCUGCUAAGGAUGAACAGCAAAGCAAGAAAACAGCUGCAACUAAGAGAAAGGGAUCUCAAGAGCCUCAGCAGGCUCCUCUGUCCCAUCCCCAGGAGACGAAAGAGGAAGAAGAGGAGGAUGAGGAAGUGCAAGAAGAAGAAGCAGAAGCAGAGGAAGAGGAGAGGCUUCUUCGUAGUGAGCCAAAGAAACGCAGUCAUCACCACCACCAUCAUCACCAUCGCUCCAGCACAAAUCGAACUGAACAUCAUAACAAACACCAGCACCACGUGCGCCACCAGCAGCCCCCCAACGUGGAGCUGCACCCCACUAAAGACUCCCGGAGCAGGCGCACGCCCCUGGAUGAGGGCGACCCGGACCAACCCGAGGUCUACCACAACAGGACCACAACCCACAGGGACCAUAACCACCACCAUCACAACCAUCGUCAUCAUCAUCACCAUCACAGGACCACAGACAUCCCCGUGGAUUUUUCACAGCACAGACAGCCGGAGUACGAGCUUGAGCACAAUGAACGUAACAGACAGCAGAGACACCCGAGCCAGCUGCACUCACGCCAUGAUCAACGCUACGCUCACCUGCAUCACAAUCACUACCCGUACCAGCGGGACAGAGACAGGUGUGCAGAGACAGAAGAAUGGACAGAAGAUAGGUACAUUCAUCAUUAAGAGGGUCUGGAUUAUUUUAAUGCUGCUAUGUGAAAUGCUGGCAACUGUGUACUCAGGAUAAUACUGUACGGUCUCACUGUCUCUCUCUUUAUCUGUUAAAACCGCUGCAUGAGCCUCCUCUGGUUGACAUCUUGCAUCUCUCUUAAUAAUUCUGUGCUCCUCAGGCUUUUUUCUACCGUAGACAUUAAGAUUAGUGCAAUAUGAAGCCUCCCUUUUUAAUGUAAUUGAUUUGACUAUCUUUGGUUAUUUAUUACAGAUGUCCACAAACGUUUGACCACAUGAUGUUUUUUUAAUUUUAUUACUAAAUGAUGAUAGUUUGAUCCCCCAAUCAUAAAUCCAUGAUUGCAUCCUUGCUUGUUACUAUCAUAAAUCUUACUGUGAAACGCACAUACCGUAUGCAAACUGAUGUCAUCAUCUUUGUGGACUUUUGGGAUGUACUUAUUCAAUAUAUAGCACCACAGCAAAAUAUGAUUUAAAACUGUGGCCUCUGACAAAGAAGGGAUAUGGCUUAUUCAUUUUUCUUUUGUGUGUUUUGUUUUUAUCAGUCAUAUAAGCUACUGAGGAACCUGUGUUACUAAAGGAGGUGUGGGUAAUAAGAAAACUUUGGAGAAAUAGAUUAUUGUAAACGCAACAACCAAUAUUCACUACAGGAAAUUAAUUAUGUUGUGAAUCUUGCAUUUAUUGGCACUGAACACUUGAAACUUUGAUGGUUCUGUUGGGAUUCCCACAACAAGUGAUGUACCAUUUAGAUACAAAAUGUCUGUGCUGAUACCAAUAGUUUAGCUUUUUACUCUUUGUUUGAAAUGAAUUAUGUUGUGAAAUCCUACAGUAGAAGUGCAGAGCGUACAAACUGCAUUUCUGUUGUCAUUUUUACCCAAAUCAAAAUAAUCACACAGCGUAAGCUCUGAUGCGUAUUUCCACCUCUUUCAAUUGCCAGGAUAUAAUCUGCCCUUAUCAUGAAACAAUCAGCUGUAUGAUAAUAACGAUAUCGAUACCAAUACCGAUUAUUGGCCGAAUUGAAUAGAGGCCUACUUAUAACAACACAUUUUGUGAUCCUGAACCUUAUUAUCCUUUCCCUCUCUCUACAGUCAAAUAUAUAAUAAAAUUGAUAUAUUUUUCUUUAUUCAUAAGUCUCAUCUGCAUAAAGCAAAACAAACCACUUUGUUGACCUGUAAAAAAUGAGUACAAUGAUUUUGAAAAAAAAAGCCAUUUUAUUACAACAGCAUUUUGAAAUCUGUGUUUGCAGUGUGGUUAAGACAGGAAAACAUGAAAGGUUAGACACUAUGAUCUGUUAUUGAUACAUCUAAAAGCAUGACAUUUAUUUGCAUCUGAUACUAUUAGAUACUAUUCUAAGUACUCUAUGCAUUAGUUUGUGAAAACACUUUAUUGAAAAUGGUUUCUAUGCAUUUGUAUAUACCUCAUAAAUGCCUUUGUAGAUAUGGACUGAUAAAACUGAGAAUACAGAUGGAUUUCUAUAUUCAAUCAAUCUGAAUGUCAUUUGUAUUUAUUUAUAUGAUUAAUUACUGCAAAAUUCACAUUUA